UCCACUACCUAAUACUAAUCAGAUAAGAAAUGUAUUAAUAGUAACCCCCACAUCGACAGCCCUGAUAAAUCUAUAAAGGGUAAUCAGAUAAGCUAAAUCAAAGAUAAUUUUAGCGCUAAAUAUUAAUUGGCACCAAGGCAAAAAAAUAUUUCAGUUAUCAGAGCCGCUGCCGCUGAAAAAUUGGCCUUCUCCACAAAGAUACUAAAUGCUAUAAAAGGUUUAAGAAUUGCCCUUGGACGAAUUUAGCUAAUAAAUAAAAUAAGUAAUACUACAUUCACAUAACUAUAUAUAAUACACAAUGACUUUACCUUUAGAAUACGAAGUCACUUUACCAGACGGUCAAAAAUAUAUUCAACCAGCUGGUUUAUUCAUUAAUAAUGAAUUUGUAAAAUCUAUUGCUGGUAAGACCAUUGAUUCAAUUAAUCCAUCUACUAGUGAAAUUAAUGGUUCUGUAUAUGCUGCAGAAGCCGAAGAUGUUGAUGUGGCUGUUAAAGCUGCAAGAACUGCUUUUAAAUCUUGGAAAAGGAUUACUGGAGUUGAAAGAGGUGAUCUUUUAAAUAAGGUUGCUGAUGUAUUUGAAAAGCAACGUGACUUAAUAGGAUCAAUUGAAGCUUGGGAUUCUGGUAAGACCAAGGAGCAAAAUGCCGUUUAUGAUAUUGAUGAAUGUAUUUCAUGUUUCAGAUACUUUGCUGGUUGGGCUGAUAAAGUUCAAGGUAAAGUUAUUCAAAAUGAUCCAAAGAAAUUAGCUUAUACAAUUCAUGAACCAUAUGGUGUUUGUGGUCAAAUUAUUCCUUGGAAUUAUCCAUUAGCUAUGGCUGCUUGGAAAUUGGCUCCUGCUUUAGCUGCUGGUAAUGUUGUUGUCUUAAAGACUUCAGAAAUUACUCCAUUAUCACUUUUAUAUGUUGCUAAAAUCUUUAAGGAAGUAGGAUUCCCAGCUGGUGUUGUUAAUAUUCUUAGUGGUUAUGGUGCUACUGCUGGUAAAGCUUUAGCCUCCCACUUGGGAGUUGAUAAAAUUGCCUUUACAGGAUCUACUGCUACUGGUAAAUUAAUUCAACAAGCUGCUGCUGCCAAUUUAAAGGCUGUUACUUUAGAAUGUGGUGGUAAAUCUCCAUUAAUCAUCAGAAAAGAUGCUGAUAUAGAACAAGCUGUUAAAUGGGCUGCUUUUGGUAUUAUGAGUAAUCAAGGUCAAAUUUGUACUUCUACUUCAAGAAUUUAUGUUCAUGAAGAUGUUCAUGAUGAAUUUGUUGAAGCAUACAGAUCUCAUGUGAUUUCUGAUUACCCACAAGGUGAUAUGUUUAACAGUAAAGCUGUUGUUGGUCCACAAGUUUCUAAAAUUCAACAUGAUAAGAUUUUAAGUUAUAUUGAAAUUGGUAAACAAGAAGGUGCCAAGGUUGUAUUAGGUGGUGAAAAGAAUACUGAAGGUGCCUUAGCUAAGGGAUACUUUAUUAAACCAACUAUUUUCACUGAAGUUAAACCAACCAUGAGAAUUGUUAAUGAAGAAAUCUUUGGUCCAGUUGUUGUUAUUGGUAAAUUCAAGACUGAUGAAGAAGUUAUUGAAUAUGCCAAUGGAACUCAAUAUGGGUUAGGUGCUGCUAUUUUCACUAAGGAUAUUGUUGCUGCUCAUAGUAUGGCCUCAGAAAUUGAAGCCGGUAUGGUAUGGAUCAAUUCAUCUAACGAUUCCGAUGUUCACAUUCCAUUCGGAGGUGUUAAAUUAAGUGGUGUUGGUAGAGAAUUAGGAGAAUAUGGUUUAUCUAUGUAUACCCAAGCCAAAGCUAUUCAUGUUAACUUGGGUAACAAAUUAUAAGACAUUACAUUACAUUUAGUUAGUUAGUUAAUUUUUAUGGUAGUCUACUAUAUAGAAUUGUUAUAAAAAUAAAAAAAUAAUAAGCAACAAUAACAGCAACUGUUUUACCAAAUGCGGUAUCCGCCGGAGUUGAGUUCUUUUCCUGUAGCUGGAUGCAGGAAAUGCGUAUCAUUCGUAUAUAGCUGAAAAAUAG